UCUUUUUUUUGUGUGUUUCCACAAAAAUACAGUCUUUACGGUACAGGAACACACGCAAAUCACACUCUCUCCUCAAGAGCGUUUUGAGCUAACGAAGAAGCUGAGUAACAUUACAAACGAGGUCGUUACUCUAAAUUAUACGGAUCCGUCUGGAAACGAAAUUGUCGAUCAUUUGGCAAAGUUGUCGCCAAGUCAGCUCAGUGAUGUGGUCAACCUGAUGGUUGGCGAUAAAGCAAUGUUGUCUGAUGGUAUGACAUCAUCGGAAAUAAUCGAAAAAUUAAAAACGGUCAUGGAUACGAGGAAUGAAUAUCUAGCUAAGAAGCUCAAUGAGGCUGUGGCCCAACUGCAUGAAAUCGAUAUCAAUACGUCGGAGUCACUGGUUGGAGUAGUGAAAACUCUUGAUAAUGUGCUAAGGGAGACAAAUUCUUGGAACAUAGCUCAACUGCCGGUAACUCAUCUUUAA